AUGUAUGAGGCCGCGAACACAGGCGAACACACCCCACCUUUCAUUUUAUCACCUGCUAACUCGCUACAGACUGCGCAGGGGGGACCAAUUGGAAAAUCCCUUUCCAUACUUCGGUACUCGUCCACGCGGACAUUCCUCGGCGGAUCACAUAGAUCAUUAUUGCCUCGGCUCUGCGAUUCAAUUUCAGGUGAUCACGUUCUCUCCGCCUCCGCCUUCGGUAAUCACAGAGGAGGUCCUUGGUUGUUAGGCAACUUUCAGGCUUCAGCUAUGGAUUUGACCCCUCUCCCCUCUUCCCUCUCAACCUCUCAUGGACCCUAUGGACUAGAAAUCAUGGGCUCGGGCGACCGUAAAAUGCGACGCACGAUCCCCUACUUUUGCUGCGCUCCCACAAACGUCUGGGGACGGUUUAGAUACGCUUGGAGGAUGUGGAGGCCAGCAGCGAUUCGUAUUCUCAAAUCAAUCGGGCGACGAAGUGUGGACUCUGAAGACGGUGCUGCGGAGCACUUGAACCUCUUGCUUGACUCCGCUCUGGAUUUCGGAUGCCGCCCUCACCAUGGACCUGAUUUAUCCUUCGUGCAUCAGCGUGUGUCAUAUUGUACCGGUACGGCUAAGAUCAAGAAACAGCAGCUGAUUGUGGAAUGGUCGAGGAAAAAAUGGGAGUUCGAUUUCGACGAGAUCUCCGCAUUGAAGAAGCCAACGACGAAUAAGCAACAUGAUGGACGUGUAUGA